AUGGAGCGGGAGCGGCGGCGCGCGGCGGGGUGGGAGGACCGCAUCUCGGAGCUCCCGGACGCGCUGCGGCUGCAGAUUCUCAGCCUGCUGCCGCUCAAGUGCGCCAUCCGCACCGGCGCGCUCUCCUCGCGGUGGCGGGACCUCUGGGAGCAGCGCUGGCCGGUGCCCUCCUCGCUGCGCCUCCGCGUCCCGCCGGGCCCCUCGGGGGCCCAGGCCCAGCUCGCGGCCGUGGACCGGCGCGGGCGGCGCCGGGUCGACGUCUUCUCCCUCACCUUCCACGCGGGCCAGCUGUCGCAGGCCGACCUCAAGCGCUGCGUCGACUACGCCGCGGCCUGCGGCGUCGAGGACCUGCAGCUCCGCCUCGACGGCGGCGGCGCCCGCGGCGCGCGCGGGGGCCAGCGCCGCGCCGGCGCGCUCGCCGUGCACUUCCCCGUCGGGAGCCCGCUCCUCGCGCACCUCUCGGUGCGCGGGCUCCACCUCACGGCCUCCGCCAACGCCAUGGUCGCCACGCUCGAGGUCAUCCACCUCCACUCCGUCUCCAUCACCGACGCCGCGCUGCGCCGGGUCGUCGCCGCCUGCCCCUGCCUCCGCGACCUCGAGCUCCGCUACUGCCGCCACCUCCGCCGCAUCGACUUCACCACCGUCGGGGCCGCCAACCUCAGGAGCCUCACCGUCGUCGACUGCUCCCGCACCACCGAGCUGCGGGUCCCGGCGGCGCCCCGCCUCCGUUCCUUCCGGUUCAGCGGACCCUUCCUCUGCAGCAACCUUUUCUCUGGCGUCGGAGACUCUUUCCAGGAUCUCUACCUCUGCUCGGGCGGGCCAGAGGCCGGCUUGCCGCCCACCAAUUUGCCCUCGGCGGUUCCUCACCUUGCCAACAUCACCACCCUCACCAUAUGCAGCAUUGCCCUCCAGUACGUGUCUGCGUCACUAGCCACCAUCGUCAAGGAGACCAACCUCCGGAGAUUGAAGGAGCUUCAAUUGCUCAUGUUCGGGAUGGCCAACUCCAACCUCGCAGACAUUUUUAGCUUCCUCAAGACCUGUUCCUGUCCUCAGUUGGAGAGGCUCUUCGUGCAGCUACCAACAAACACCCAUGAUUCCUUCACGAGGAAUUACUUGGACGUGGCAGAGGAAGAACAGCCUGAAGAUGGAUUAGAAAACCUUCGCUUGGCCAAGAUGACAAACUUCAAGGGGCAUCACAAUGAGAUGCGUCUGCUGGACUUUCUGCUGACAAAGGCUAGUUGCCUUAAGAAAUUGUUCCUGGUUGCUCCUAAAGAGGAUCACCCACAAGGGCUACGAAAGAUUCAGUCAGAUGUGCUGCCCCUUUUUCGAAAGGCAGAAAUUCUUGAAAGAGCUUCAGCAGGCACCCAGAUAGUUUUCAGUGGGCAUGAUAGUUCUCAGGCCCAGCCAUUGCACUCGGAAGUCUUCAUCAGAUUUUAG